ACAAGAAGGUUACCAAAAGCUUUAGGGUGCGAUCAUCCGUGCGCCAGGGGUGUGGUUUGUCCCCUCUUUUAUUUGCAAUAUACAUAGAGCCGCUUUGUAGGAAGAUCAACAAUGACAAUAGAAUAUUGGGUUUCAGAGUACAGUCUGCAGAAGUGAAAAUGCUCGCAUAUGCGGACGACAUCGCGUUGUUUUGUCGGGAUAAAGAAAGUAUUGAAAUCGCGAUCGCGGAAGUGUUAUCAUACUGCAGAACUACAGGCAGUGCUAUCAACUUUGAUAAAUGCCUAGGGUUAUGGAUCGGCAACUGGGUAGACCCUCCGAGUACGUUUGUGAAUAUCCAGUGGACCGUCACGCCGGCAAAGUAUCUCGGGGUGCCGCUUGAGCACUACCGUGACGCAGUGGAUUACUGGAAUGCUGAAACACAAAGAGUUCGUGAGUGCACACUUAAAUGGGGGGGCCGCAAUUUCUCAAUGUUUGCCCGCGCGACGGUCUGCAACCUCUUUGCCGUUGCCAAAAUUUUUUACGUGCUUCAAGCAUUGUGCAUGUCAAGGGCCAACAUACAACGAUUACACAGAGUACUCGCAGUGUUUGUAUGGGGUUCAAGCUGGGAGCGCACCAGUCGCACCAAUCUGUUUCGCUCCGUUAAAAGUGGAGGAAUAGGUCUUGCACAUUUGUUCAUAAGGCAGAUUGUGUCGAGGUUUGUUUACUUACGUGACCAAAAGGACCCGUUUUUGUUAACUAUGUUUCAAGUAAGGCUGAGCGAAGCUAUACCCGAAUUCAUCGUUUCGUCCCGCCGGUGCAGUCAAGGUAGAUUGCGCGGUUUUCUAAAGGAAGUCGUCUGGGCUUUCCAGCUUUUGAAGGUUCGCUUUUCGAUGGAAUACCUAAGUCGGGUCCCACGAAAGCGCUUAUAUAAAGACCUGAUAGAGGCAAUGUUGCCGGUACCAUUGUACCGCUCGAUGUUCUGCAUUGGACCGGAAAAGAACGUGCUAAAAAGAGUAAAACGAAUGCCAGUACGCCCAUCGGCGAAGUCCUUCUUUUUUCAGCUCCACACCAAUACUUUACCUGUCAAACCAUGGCUUGAGGAGAAAGGACUUUUUGUGCCUUGGAGCGUCAAUUGUUUAAUAUGCCGGAAGCCCGAAACAGUCGAACACAUCUUUCUCGACUGUUGGGAUGCGGUAUUCCAUUGGGAUGUUUUACAGAGAACCUUAAAGAAGGACUUACCGAUUACGCCAUACGGGAUUCGUUUUUUGCCUACUCAAAAUGAAGACACUGUACCAUAUGACAUGUUCAUGCUGUUGUCUUUGCAUAGUCUAUGGAAAUGUAGAAUGGCCGUGAGACAUGCCGAACCAAACCUCCGGUCUGUUAGAGAGUACUUCAUCGAAAGCAUUUGCUAUAUCAAGGAAUUGUACAGUUUGCAAAAAGAGCAACCAACAUGGCUCAGUGUGAUGACUGAGCUUGCGAACCUCAAGCGUUUUUAGCCCCCGUGUCAGCCAACCAGUGGCAGACACUUUAU